AUGCCAGGGCGCAAAAACCCGCUCCAGAUAUCCCGGAUAACUGAACGGGUGCAAUCCGCGAUCACGACCAUUUCAUCGAAAGGAGAACACCCGUCUGACCCGCUCGCCCUCGCUAUUACCCAGUCGCGGCUUGAGAACAGCCCCAUCGAAAUGUCGUUCAAUGACCUCGUCGUCUUCUUCCAGGCUGCGUCGGGGCUGCCGAAGAUGGACGUAGUGGGGAGCGCAGAUCCUUACUUCGUCGCCAAGCUUGAUGGCAAGCUGCAGUACAUAUCAUCAGUGAAGGAGAACACUCUUUCACCUGUCUGGGACGAGGCGUGGAGGGUCAAGAACGUCCCGCAGGGCGCAGUGUUGGCGGUGGAUGUCAUGGACAAGGACAGCAACAGCCUGACAGACGGCUAUGUCGGCCAGUUCAGCUUGGAGGUCUCAUCCGGGGAGAAGGAUAUCAGGAUUGAGGACAAGAUGCUGAAGCGGAACAGGGGGACGUUCUCGCUGAAGAUAGACAUCGUGCCCUCGACGGACGCCGGCGCGUGCGAGCACCCAUACCAAUUCGACGGCCCCAUCCGCUACUCGUUGCACUACUCGCCCACCAUCGGUCGUCUCACCCGCGCCGACAGCCGCCUCUACGCGACGUGGAAGAUCUACAUCAAGGGCAUCCGCCUCUUCUUCGGCGACGAGGUCCAGCCCUGGAACCGCGACUACAGCAAGGCGCGCUCCAUCUUCCAGGGCCCUACCGCGCUCGCCGUGCGCUCUGUCAUCCACACGGGCCACCGCAUGCUCUACGCGCGCGACCGCAAUCCGUUCGCGCACCGCAUCAAGCCCGCGCUCUACACGUACGUGAUCUCCGUGGACGACGACUCGAUGCGCUUCUCCGAGACGGGCGCGCGGUUCCUCGUGAACAUGGCGUCGAAGCACGCGCUGCACUCAAACUGCGCCGACGCGGUGCGCUAUUCGGGCGAGUUUCACCCGCGCCCCGAGGGCGGCUGGGACAAGUUCAGCGACGACACGCGCGACGAGGACGUCCGCUGGGAGCUCGUCAUCGACAACAAGUCCGGAACAUACUCCCCGAACAACCAGCUCUUCCCGAAGCUCAAGCAGCUCAUGGAGUACAACUUCCCGGCGUUCACCGUUGUACCACUUGAUUACAGGGACCCGGAGCUUGCGCGCAGCAGUGAAGCGUGUCUGGCGUAUGCGACAUCGAAGCGCGGUGUCAACCCCGAGGAUCUUGAGCCCCGUGUGCCCGAGAAGGAGUCCUUGGUCCAGCGGGCAUCCAAUCACUUACACAAGCACCGACCCUUCAAAGCGCCAGAGGAUGCAGAGCCCGAUUCUGAGGUCCAAGGCUCAGCUUGUACUUACGAACACACCGAGUAG